AUGGGUGCAUAUAAGGAAAACCGCCGCCACAGCCAUGGAAGCUUUGUUGACAUCAUAAUGUUGGAGAAACCAGCUCUAGCCAUGGGUCGAGUCAUCCUCUCCGUCAACGCCGGCAGCUCGUCUGUCAAGGUGAACGUCUACCAUCUCAAGAACCCGCCCGUCGAAGUUGCAGCAGCCAGUGUGAGCGGCCUGACAGCGCCGCCGAGCGUCUUCAAGUACGAACAUGGCUCAAAUCACCAGAAGCACGAGACCGAGGAGGAGAUCAAGAGCCCGCAGGAUGCGUUCAAGUACAUUCUCAAGAGACUCCUGCAUGACCAGGAGCUGCAGGUCGUCAGCAGCAACUCUGACUAUGCCUAUGUUUGCCACAGAGUAGUCCACGGAGGAGAUCUAGAAGAGGAGGUUAUCAUACAUGAAAAGACGUUUAACAUGAAAAGACGUUUAAUUAUCUCGAGACGCUGCAAGACCUGGCGCCGCUGUAGACACAAUACAUCUGCGCUGGAAAUCAUCAAGACAUGUCUGCAGGAGGUUCCGUCUGCAAAGUCAGUGGCAUAUUUUGAUACCACAUUUCACCAAUGUCUACCGGAUUAUAUCAAGACAUACCCUAUAGACCCGGAGGUGGCCAAGUCGAAGAUGCUGAGGAAAUAUGGCUUCCAUGGAAUCAGCUUCUCCUUCAUCUUGCGGUCUGUAUCGGAGUUUCUGCACAAACCGGCCUCGGAAACAAGUCUAAUCGCACUUCAUCUUGGAAGCGGUGCUUCCAUCUGUGCUAUACAGGACGGUAAAUCCAUAGAGACUACCCUAGAAAUGGAGCCCAUGGCUGAUAUGCAUUGCAUUGCAGGAUGGGCCUCACUCCGCUCUCCGGACUUCCCGGCGCCACAAGGAGCGGAGACAUCGAUGCAAGGGCCAUGGUGUUUGGCUGACUGGUUCGACAGUCUUGUAUUUCAUUAUACAUCAGAGGCCAGCAAGCUAAGCUCUUCGAGUACCAAGGAGAUGCAUAUCAGCAAGGCUGAGGAGAUUCUCAACAAGAAGUCAGGCUGGAAGGCAUUGACCGGAACCACCGACUUCGCUAAGAUCGGAACGGACAAUCCGCCAACUGAGAUGCACAAGUUGGCAUUUGACAUCUUUCUUGAUCGUAUUGUUGGGUUUAUUGGGAAUUACUUCGUCAAGCUGGGUGGAAAGAUAGAUGCCAUUGUCUUUGCAGGGGGUAUAGGCGAGCGAAGUGCGCUUCUGAGAAGUUGCAUAGCAGAAAAAUGCCGAUGUAUCGGAAUUUCUAUGGACAGCGAGGCGAAUUCCGCUGGUAUUCCUAGUGAGGAUCAAACCGUGGUAGACAUUUCUGAGAAAUCUGGUCAGCGGCCUGCUGCUCUAAUUUGCCAGACGGAUGAAGCGUUUGAGAUGGCAUAUCGAUGCAUGAACAAGCCUCCCAGAGAGGAGCCAGCUCAUUUCUAA